AUGCAGGUGAUCAUGAUCUAUCUAACGGAGUUGGCGUGUUCCCUCAAGAGAUUACUUGUCUGGCGGAUAGAAUUCAAGAUGAGUUGGGACCCCCACAUGGAGGUCCGUUACGACAACAUCAGCUAUCCCUACAGUACAGCAGGAAGCUUUAUUGAAUAUGUUGAAGGUCUUACAUACGAACAUGUUAACUUCAUUUUUUCUGGUGCCUCACAUGCACAGGAGAGUGCAUACCCUUCAGGUUCAACUACAAACUUCUACAAACCUGGGCUAUCUGAACCAGCGAGUACCUUAUACUGUCAGGAUAGUAAUGGUUAUGAGGUGAAUUAUCAUGAACGAUUGAUCGAUGAGUAUAGAAGGCCGUCGGAAAACUCGGCAACAAUCAAUGAACAGAUGGCAACAGUAUGUAUAGAAAGGGAAGGUGUAAACAAUUCCACGCUAGACAGUUCUAUUGAAUGCCCACGAAGGCAUCAUAAUGACUCCAAUGAUUAUGAGGACAUUUGGGAAGACAACAUUGAUCCUGACAACAUGACCUAUGAGGAACUACUUGAAUUAGGUGAGGCAGUUGGAAUUCAGAGUCGCGGGCUCUCCCAAGAGCAAAUCUCAUCGAUUCCAGUAUCAAAGUACAAGUGUGGCCGCUUCUUCUUCUUCUUCUUCAGGAAGAAGUCUCGCGAUGAGAGAUGCGUGAUUUGUCAGAUGGAAUAUAGAAGAGGGGACAAGAGGAUGACUCUACCAUGCAAACAUGUCUAUCAUGCUAGCUGUGGGAACAAAUGGCUUAGCAUCAAUAAGGCAAGUUGUUUAGAAAUAAUAUCCUCCGAGUGCGUAGUAGACUCUGAACUUCAGAAACUGUCAAAGCAGCUUGUCCUAUGUGUUACAGGGAGUUUUGGUUUUGACAUAGAAAUGGAAGCUGCAGCGAGGAUUUGUUUUAUUGCAAAGGCCGGAUUAUGUGCUCUAAUUUCACCAAUUUAG